CCCUCGGCGCGCCCCGGUUGGCUGCGGCGGGGCUCGCGGCGGUGGCGGCCUCGGCGGCGGCAGUGGUUUCUCCUCCGCUGUUUCAGUUUCCUCCGCCCCCUCCUCCCGUCGGACGCGGCUGUGUGCUCGCCUUAAACAAAAAAAAAAAAAAAAAGAAAAAAGAAAAAAAAAGAUCAACUUUAUUGUUCCUCAGCCCCACCUCCCGGCGCGGCGCGGCGCGGCGCGCGGCCUCAGGAUGCACUGAGGUUGAGGGGAGGUGAGGGGAGGGAGGCGGCGGCGGGUCGCGGUCCCUCUCCGAGCGCCCGGCCGGAGGUGGGGGAGGCACGAUGUCCGGGAGCCGCCAGGCCGGGUCGGGCUCCGCCGGGACCAGCCCCGGCUCCUCGGCGGCCUCCUCGGUGACUUCCGCCUCCUCGUCCUUGUCCUCCUCCCCGUCGCCCCCUUCGGCGGCGGCGGCGGCGGCGGCGGCGGCGGCGGCGGCGGCGUCCGGCGGGGCGGCCCAGGCCGCGGGGUCGGGCGGCCUCGGGGGCCCGGCGGCGCGGCCUGUGCUGGUGGCGGCCGCCGUGUCGGGCAGCGGCGGCGGGGCGGUGUCCGCGGGCCAGUCUCGGCUCAGCUGCGCGGCCAGGCCCAGCGCCGGCGUGGGAGGGAGCAGCUCCGGCCUCGGCAGCGGCAGCCGGAAGAGACCUCUGCUCGCCCCCCUGUGCAACGGGCUCAUCAACUCCUACGAGGACAAAAGCAACGACUUCGUGUGCCCUAUCUGCUUUGAUAUGAUUGAGGAAGCAUACAUGACGAAAUGUGGCCACAGCUUUUGCUACAAGUGUAUUCAUCAGAGUUUGGAGGAUAAUAAUAGAUGUCCAAAGUGUAACUAUGUUGUGGAUAAUAUUGACCAUCUGUAUCCUAAUUUCUUGGUGAAUGAGCUUAUUCUCAAACAGAAGCAAAGAUUUGAGGAAAAGAGGUUCAAAUUAGACCACUCAGUGAGUAGCACCAAUGGCCACAGGUGGCAAAUAUUACAGGAUUUGUUGGGAACUGACCAAGAUAACCUUGAUUUGGCCAAUGUCAACCUCAUGUUGGAAUUACUAGUGCAGAAGAAGAAACAACUGGAAGCAGAAUCACAUGCAGCCCAACUACAGAUCCUUAUGGAAUUCCUCAAGGUUGCAAGAAGAAAUAAGAGAGAGAAAGAGCAUGCAAGCUUGAAGAAGCAACUGGAACAGAUCCAGAAGGAGCUGAGUGUUUUGGAAGAGGAUAUUAAAAGAGUGGAAGAAAUGAGUGGCUUGUAUUCUCCUGUCAGUGAGGAUAGCACGGUGCCUCAAUUUGAAGCUCCUUCUCCAUCACACAGUAAUAUUAUUGAUUCCACAGAAUACAGCCAACCUCCUGGUUUCAGUGGCAGUUCUCAGACAAAGAAGCAGCCUUGGUAUAACAGCACAUUAGCAUCACGAAGAAAACGACUCACUGCUCAUUUUGAAGACUUAGAGCAAUGUUACUUUUCUACAAGGAUGUCUCGUAUUUCAGAUGAUAGUCGAACUGCAAGCCAGUUGGAUGAAUUUCAGGAAUGCUUGUCCAAGUUUACUCGGUAUAAUUCAGUACGACCUUUGGCUACAUUGUCAUAUGCUAGUGAUCUCUAUAAUGGUUCCAGCAUAGUCUCUAGUAUUGAAUUUGACCGAGAUUGUGACUAUUUUGCAAUUGCUGGGGUUACAAAGAAGAUUAAAGUCUAUGAAUAUGGCACAGUCAUUCAGGAUGCGGUGGAUAUUCAUUACCCUGAAAAUGAAAUGACCUGCAAUUCCAAAAUCAGCUGUAUCAGUUGGAGUAGUUACCAUAAGAAUCUGUUAGCCAGCAGUGAUUAUGAAGGCACUGUCAUCCUAUGGGAUGGAUUCACAGGACAGAGGUCAAAGGUCUAUCAGGAACAUGAGAAAAGGUGUUGGAGUGUUGACUUUAACUUAAUGGAUCCUAAACUCUUGGCAUCGGGUUCUGAUGAUGCAAAAGUGAAGCUAUGGUCUACCAACCUAGACAACUCAGUGGCAAGCAUUGAGGCGAAGGCUAAUGUAUGCUGUGUUAAAUUCAGCCCUUCUUCUAGAUACCAUUUGGCUUUUGGCUGUGCAGAUCACUGUGUCCACUACUAUGAUCUUCGUAACACUAAACAGCCAAUCAUGGUAUUCAAGGGACACCGAAAAGCAGUCUCUUAUGCAAAGUUUGUGAGUGGUGAGGAAAUCGUCUCUGCCUCAACAGACAGCCAGCUAAAGCUGUGGAAUGUAGGGAAACCAUACUGUCUACGUUCCUUCAAGGGUCACAUCAAUGAAAAAAACUUUGUAGGCCUCGCUUCCAAUGGCGAUUAUAUAGCUUGUGGAAGUGAGAACAACUCUCUUUACUUAUACUAUAAAGGACUUUCUAAGACUUUGCUAACUUUUAAGUUUGAUACGGUCAAAAGUGUUCUGGAUAAAGACCGAAAAGAAGAUGAUACAAAUGAAUUUGUUAGUGCCGUGUGCUGGAGGGCAUUGCCAGAUGGGGAGUCCAAUGUGCUGAUUGCUGCUAACAGUCAGGGUACAAUUAAGGUGCUGGAGUUGGUAUGAAGGGUUUACUCAAGUUAAAUUGUAUUUGAUCCUGCUGAAAUACAUCUGCAGCUGACAAUGAGAGAAGAUAGAAACUCAUGUGAUGUCUCUCCCCAAAGUCACCAUGAGUUUUGGAUUUGUUUUGAGUAUUUUUUCUUUUCUUUUUCUUUUCUCCUUCACGACUUUUGGGACAUUGGGAAUACCCAGUGAACUCUCCACCAUCAAUGUAACUCUAUGGACUUUGCUGCUGUUGGUGGUGUGGUUAUCUAAUUUUUGUGAUAGGGAAACAAAUUCUUUUGAAUAAAAAUAAAUAACAAAAAAUAAAAGUUUAUUGAGCCACA